AUGGAGCAGCAGAGGCUGUUUGCUUGGAGCGAGACGUCCGGCCUCCUCGACCUGGAUGGGAACCAAAAGGAGAAGAUCCUCAACACCAACACAUUCAUGCUCCACCGAACCACAGUCCUCGAUCUCUUGGUUCAGGUCCAAUGCUUGUUUAAGGAGUUUGAGGAACACCAGCGCCGCAACGAACGACUGAAGCCGGCGCCCGACCAGGAUGCAAUCCUCGAACACCCCGAGAAGGACGCUGCUGACGCCAAUUUCCCGUUGCCAGAGAAACGAAGGGACUUCAUCAAGCGAGCCAUGGGCAAGCUGAAGAGUGAGUCGCGAGAGAAGUUUCUCAGGCUAAGCUGGGUCUCCUUCGACAAGGGCGCGUUCGAGGUCCUUCUGUCCCGGUUUGCUGCCCUGAACGACAACAUGACCGACAUCUUGGACGCCCGCAUGCAAGUAGAGAUCCGUGACACAGUGCAAGAUACCAACCGAGGGGUCUUGCAGCUGCAUCAUCGCAUCGCAGAUCUGGGCCGGCUUGUGAUGGCUCUGAACCUGAAAUUAGAAAACAAUGCGCCAGUGAACAUCUCGUCCAUGUCCAAGGCUCAGCGGGCAAAGAACGCGGACGGGCUGGAGCUGCUUGCCAAACUAGCCAAGUUCAAAGCGUUCAACGAAUCGAUGGAGUCAGAGAAGCAGCGGCCGUGGGACGAUGCAACGGCCAUGUCGUUGGAGCUGGGGAAGCCGGCGCAACGCGACAAGCUUAUCCUGGACAGAGAAACGAUCACACUGUUGGACGAAGAGUCCGAGGAGUUUGACCAACCGAGGUGCGAGGCGAACCUUCGCACCGCUGACGGAUCCAACAAGAGAGUAUGGAUAGAGUGGAAGGAAUACGAUCGCCAGAAAGCCGGCGACGAAUCGCCACCAAGAAGGGUCAUCAUUGAGAGGGUAGGCAAGCUCGCCGCUCUACUGCAUCACAGUCCAAAACCUGAGGCCUUCCGAACACUGCAUUGCCUUGGCUUCUUCGACAAGUUGGGGCCUGACAAUGACGCGUCGGAAGAUGACAGCUUAGACCGGAAGCUCGGCCUUGUGUUUGAGCGGCCCAAUAACAACGAGGUACAUCCGUCCCUGCCUCCAGUAUCACUUCGCGAGCUCUUCCAAAUCGAGCGAAAGCCUCGGGUUACGGAGAGAAUCAAGCUGGCACACGCCAUCAGUAGCUGUCUCCUGUAUCUUCACGCCGUGAACUGGCUCCACAAGGGGCUGCGCAGCCACAACAUUGUCUUCUUUCGAACCAAGAGCGGCCGCGUCAACUACGCGGAGCCAUACUUGACGGGGUUUGACUAUUCCCGUCCCGCCCGGAGUGACGAGGCGACAGACAUACCCCAAGACGAUGCCGAGUACAACCUGUACCGCCAUCCUCAGGUACAGCUGAUGAACCCCGCCGAGAGGGAGCGGUUCAAGAAGAGCUUCGACAUCUACAGUCUCGGUGUGCUCUUUGCCGAGAUCGCCCAUUGGGCACCGGUAGACAGGGUGCUCGGUUAUGACAUCAUUCGGAGGCCCAGUCUCGCCUUGAAGGUCAGGGACGCUCUACUUGUCGAAGACCGCAUCGCCGAGCUCGGCGCCAACAUGGGGGAGAUGUUCGAGGAGGCGGCCCGGAAGUGCAUCGCGGGCGGAGAGAGUCUGGGGUUGGCGGAUGGUGACGAUGAGACCAAAGACAGCGUAGCCGCACAACUUUCGAUGCGGUUCUACGAGGAUGUGGUGAAGAAGCUGGAUGGCGUUCGCGUUUAG